AUGAACACUCUCGCUAGGAACUCCACCUCAAGAUGGAGGAACUUGUCGAGGCGCAAGAGAGAGUCCUACGGCGGCCUGAAGCCUUCCUACAGUUAUAGGCGUGAGCGGGCCAAGCAGCGGCAGGUUUUUCUCAAGACCUACAGGUUAGGAUCUGCAGACGGGUUGGCAGCUGAUGAGUCGAACUCCCGCAGUCUUUGCAAGAAGAAGGUGUUGGUGAAGGCGAAGGCGAUGGUCGUUUCAGUCCUAUCUUUCAUGCGCAUCAGUCCUCCAAGAAAUUAUGCCAAAAACCAAAAAAAGAGAUGGCUACAAAGGUUGAAAGCUCAUGUGGGUGGGCGGGAGAAAAUAUUGAUCUCCCGAGAUUUUAUUGACCUUCCUCCUUGUGAUCGCAGCGUUCCCAUUCAUCAGCUGAUGAUCGGAACUGUUGAAGACCUGCAUAAGUCAUAUCCUGAUGCCGUAUCAGCCAAUUUGAACACUGGAAGAGAAGAAAUAUUGGGACAUCAGAGACUGAUCCAUCUAUAUCGUGCUCUAAGAUCCGUCAGCAAUUUUUGGGCAAAAAACAAGUGGAUUGCUAAUACUGGAGAUAUUGCUGAAGAUGGAAUGGACAAUGUUGAUUUAGAUCAACUUUGUGCCAGAGUACUUGCCAAGCACGAUCACAUGAUUAACAUUGCAAAGGAGUUCUCUGAUGUGAUGGAUGAAGAUGAGGAAAUCAGUGAUGGCAACAAAAAGAGUAAUGUUUUUGGGGAGAUCUUGAGUGAGUCCUGCUUGGACAACAAAAGUACCUGUCCCUCACCCAACACUCCGACAUCAUUCCCGUCGGAGCUGAAUCCUUCCAUGAGACCGCUCGAACUCACUGACAUCACUUUUACGCCUCCAUUUCUUCUGCCUCUCCGAAUUCAAGCAGUGAAGCAACUAAAGCUUCUCGACAUGGAGUGUUUCCCAUUCUGCACCCUUCCUCAUGCACCGAUGCUGAGCCACCACCUUCUAGAAGGCAGUGACAUGAACAAGAAACCGGAUGUGUCAACUCCCGAAAAUGAAGCAGUUGCUGGAAGACUACCUGCGGAAGAAAGUAACCACGGGACAAAGGAUUUUAAAGAAUCAGAUGGUUUCCAAAGAAAUAAAAAGUGUAAGUUCAGAUGUGAAGAAGCCGAGGCUGGAAUGCCUAGAGGCAGCAAUCCUUGCACUGCCGCCACUGCUGCCUCCUCUUCCUCCAGCUACGUCAUCAAAGGACUCGUCUUAUCAUUCAAUCAGCCAGAGACAACUCUGCCCCCACCUCCACCGCCAAUUCCAUUAAGUUUUAUAGAAACUUGA